CCGGGGCACUCGGGGCUGCGUGUCGGCUCUCCCGCACUGUGCGUCCCACGCGGCGGAUCCUGAUGGACUGACCAGGGGACUUCCCUGGGCCUUCGGUUAGAAUGGACAUCCCUGAUCAUUCCCAGGAGCAACAGCAGGACCACGACUACCUUGAGGACAUCUUUGCUUUGGAAAGAGCGGCGACAUCCCAAGAGCACAGCGGGGAGCCACAAGACACAAGGCCCCAGUCCAAUGAGGGCUGUCCGGUGUGUGGAGACAAAAUCUCGGGGUACCACUACGGCCUGCUCACCUGCGAGAGCUGCAAGGGCUUCUUUAAGCGCUCGGUGCAGAACAAGAAACACUACACCUGCGCCGAGGGCCAGAGCUGCCCCAUGGACGUCUCCCAGAGGAAGCGCUGUCCUUCCUGUCGUUUCCAGAAGUGUCUGGCGGUGGGCAUGAAGAGAGAAGCGGUGAGAGCGGACCGAAUGAGAGGCGGCCGGAACAAGUUUGGACCGCUCUACAGGCAGAUGAAAGGACAUAAAGUGCAAGAUCAAACGAAUGCUGCCCCCUAUAGGAUCAAAAUGGAAGCGACGCAGAGAUUACUGCCUGAUGUAGCGAGUGACUGUCCACUCAUGUUCACCCACGCGAGCGCUCCAGUGUCCCCAGAUGCUUUCCACCAGCCUCACAUGGUGUAUCAUGGAAUGGAGGAGUCAUGGGCACAUUCACCUUUAGACUGUACUCUGGGUGACGACAGGGUGGUGCCGCCUCUGUCGCUUCCCUACGCAGGAACGUACUUUCAGGAGGAACGACCUAGCAUUUACAGCCCGGCUACUUCCCACUAUCCGCCGCACAGACCCUCCAAUAACUCCAUUUUAAGAAGCGCCCCGUCGACGUCGUCAUCGUGGUCCGGCGUCCCCCUCAUGCCGCCCCCUGACCCGGCCGGGGUCCUGGCGUCCGGCUUUCUCAGUCAACUCUUGGAAGGAGAGCGGGACGAGAGUCAGCUGUGUGCCAAAGUGGUGGCCAGUUUGCAGCGGGAACAGGCGAACCGAGGCAAACACGACUGUCUGAACACGUUCAGCAUCAUGUGCAAAAUGGCCGACCAGACGUUGUUCAGCCUGGUGGAGUGGGCCAGGAACAGUGCACUCUUCAAGGAGCUCAAGGUGGAGGACCAGAUGGUUCUGCUGCAGAGCUGCUGGAGUGAGCUGCUGGUGCUGGACCACCUGUGCAGACAGGUCACCUACGGGAAAGAAGAAUGCAUUUAUCUUGUCACAGGACAACAGAUCGAGCUGUCCACCAUCAUCUCCCAGGCUGGAGCAACGCUGAGUAGUUUGGUGAGCAGAACUCAAGAUCUGGUCACCAAACUGAAGGUCCUCCAUUUUGACAGGCAUGAGUUUGUCUGCCUGAAGUACUUGGUGCUGUUUAACCCUGAUGUGAAGUCCGUGCAGAGUCGCGGGCAGGUGGAGCACAUCCAGGAGCGGGUGAACAGGGCGCUGAUGGAGCACACCCAGCGGACACACCCGGGACAUUCGGACAAAUUCGGCCAGCUGCUGCUGCGGCUGCCGGAGGUGCGCAGCAUCAGCCUGCAGGUGGAGGAAUACCUGUACCAGCGCCACCUGCUGGGCGAUUUACCCUGCAACUCUUUGCUGACAGAGAUGCUGCACACCAAACACAGCUGACAACAUUAGAAGAUAAGACUGGGAAUCAACACAAUGCACUGAAAACGCUGCUUCUGUGAUGUAAAAAAAAAAACAAAACAAAAAACAAGUAAAUAAAAAUGAAACAGGAACAUAAAA